CCGCCCGGACCAUGGAAGCGGUGACGGUGGCCGCGGCUCUGGGGUUCUUGCUCCUGGCCGGGGCCGGGCGUUCGGCCGGCGACGAGGCUGGGGAGGCGGCGGCCGUGCGGGCGCUCGUGGCCCGGCUGCUGGGGUCCGAGCGGGCGGCCGACUUCUCGGUGUCGGUGGAGCGCGCCCUGGCGGCCGAGUCCGGCUUGGACACGUACCGCCUGAGCGGCGGCGGCGAGGCGCGAGUGUGGGUGCGCGGCUCCACGGGCGUGGCGGCUGCCGCGGGGCUGCACCGCUACCUGCGCGACUUCUGCGGCUGCCAGGUGGCCUGGUCGGGCUCCCAGCUGCGCCUCCCGCGGCCACUGCCCGCAGUACCCACGGAGCUGACCGAGGCCACGCCCAACAGGUACCGCUAUUACCAGAAUGUGUGCACGCAAAGCUACUCCUUCGUGUGGUGGGACUGGGCCCGCUGGGAGCGAGAGAUCGACUGGAUGGCACUGAAUGGCAUCAACCUGGCGCUGGCCUGGAGUGGCCAGGAGGCCAUCUGGCAGCGGGUAUACCUGGCCUUGGGCCUGACCCAGUCAGAGAUUGAUGAGUACUUCACUGGUCCUGCCUUCCUGGCCUGGGAGCGCAUGGGCAACCUGCAUACCUGGGGUGGCCCCUUGCCCCACUUCUGGCAUCUCAAGCAGCUUUACCUGCAGCAUCGGAUCCUGGACCGGAUGCGCUCGUUCGGCAUGAUCCCAGUGUUACCUGCGUUUGCAGGGCAUGUCCCCAAGGCUAUCACCAGGGUGUUCCCUCAGGUCAGUGUCACUCAGAUGGGCAAUUGGGGACACUUCAACUGCUCCUAUUCCUGCUCCUUCCUUCUGGAUCCGGGAGACCCCAUAUUCCCCCUCAUCGGGAGCCUCUUCCUACGGGAACUGACCAAGGAGUUUGGCACGGACCACAUCUAUGGGGCCGACACUUUCAAUGAGAUGCAACCCCCCUCUUCAGACCCCUCUUACCUUGCCGCAGCCACCGCUGCCGUCUAUGAGGCCAUGAUCGCAGUGGACCCCGAUGCUGUGUGGCUGCUCCAAGGCUGGCUCUUUCAGCACCAGCCCCAAUUCUGGGAGCCUGCCCAGGUUGGGGCUGUACUGGGGGCCGUGCCCCGUGGCCGUCUCCUGGUUCUGGACCUGUUUGCUGAGAGCCAGCCUGUGUACACCCGCACAGCCUCCUUCCAGGGCCAGCCCUUCAUCUGGUGCAUGCUGCAUAACUUUGGGGGCAAUCAUGGCCUGUUCGGAGCCCUGGAGGCUGUGAACCGAGGUCCCAAGGCUGCCCGCCUCUUCCCCAACUCCACCAUGGUAGGCACAGGUAUGGCCCCUGAGGGCAUUGGCCAGAAUGAAAUGGUCUAUGCCCUCAUGGCUGAGCUGGGCUGGCGGAAGGACUCAGUACCAGAUUUGGCAGCCUGGGUGACCAGCUUUGCUGACCGGCGGUACGGGGUCUCCCACGGGGAUGCGGAGGCAGCGUGGAGGCUACUGCUCAGGAGUGUCUACAACUGCUCAGGUGAGGCCUGCAGUGGGCACAAUCACAGCCCGCUGGUCAAGCGGCCAUCCCUGCAGAUGAACACCACUGUCUGGUACAACCGAUCGGAUGUGUUUGAGGCCUGGCGGCUGCUGCUAACAGCUGCUCCCACCCUGGCCACCAGCCCGGCCUUCCGCUAUGACCUGCUGGACAUCACUCGCCAGGCAGUCCAGGAGCUAGUCAGCUUGUACUACGAGGAGGCGAGGACCGCCUACCUGAACAAGGAUCUGGUGUCCCUGCUGAGGGCUGGAGGCAUCGUGGCUUAUGAGCUUCUGCCUGCACUAGACGAGGUACUGGCUAGUGACAGCCGCUUCUUGCUGGGUAGCUGGCUGGAGCAGGCCCGGACAGUGGCAGUCAGUGAGGCCGAGGCCCAUUUCUAUGAGCUGAACAGCCGCUACCAGCUGACUUUGUGGGGACCAGUGGGCAACAUCCUAGACUAUGCCAACAAGCAGCUGGCGGGCCUGGUGGCUGACUACUACACCCCCCGCUGGCGGCUCUUCAUGGAGGCACUAGUCAACAGCUUGGCCCAGGGCAUACCUUUCCAACAGCACAAGUUUGAGGAGAAUGUCUUCCAGCUGGAGCAGGCCUUUGUCCUCAGCACACGGAGAUAUCCCAGCCAGCCACAAGGCGACACUGUAGACCUGGCCAAGAGGAUGUUCCUCAAAUAUUACCCCCGGUGGGCAGCUGGCUCUUUAUGACAGAUUAACCACUCUUGGACUCUUGUGCUCCCCAAACUCCAGGCCAGGGCAGGUUCCUGGGGUCUGGAGCUGGACAAGCAUCAAAGGAUAUCCCCAGGCCUGGGAGAAAGACCCAAGGCCUGCUGGUGGGGUCGGGUACAGGGGGCUAGGAGGGGGGUGAGCUGCCCUUCACCACCACCCCAACUUUGGGAUUAAAGUACUGUUUCCUGUCAAUUCAACUAAAUGUGAGUCAGCCUGGGUCUGUCAGAAUGAGGUCACUGUUACAGUGCCUGGAGGACUCAGAGCUACAGCAUGGACCCGGGUAUGGGGCCAGUUCUCUCCACUCCUUGCUUUGGCUUCCCCAUUUUCAAUACUAACCCCUGACUUUUGAACUGAGAAUGCCCUACCACAGCAUUUUCUUUCACACCCUAAGUGGCAAACUUUGGUAAUUAUUAUUGCCCCUGUGAGACAGAGGCAUGCUCUGGGGAAAGACCUGCCCUGGGUGCCACUCAGUGCCCACAUGGGAACCCUCCCCCCUCCCUCUGACCAGCAACUGGGACAGCUUGGUGUUCCGAGCAGUGGCCUCAUCUCUG